GUACAAAUUUCGAAUGCUUUUAUAUCCUUGGCAACUUUGGCCGACCGCACGCUUCGCUCUCACAUGCCACUUCUGCUGCCACGAUUUACAUCGCACAUGGAUAUAUACAUAUAUAUGCGUUAGAUAAGCUGUAAAACAGUUGUAAAUUUAUUCAUGUAUCGUCAGGUGAAGGGAAAUUCCAUGUAUCUGAAGAUUAGGACAUGGGAACGUUACUUGAAUUAAAAUCAUAUCGCAGAUACGUAUAUCAAUUACGGAUUGACACUGCCAUCGAGGUCUGGCGUAUCCUAGGAGACUGUAACAGACUUCUCAGUGUUGAAUGCUGAAGAAAAGCAAAGCACGAAGAAAGGUGUAAUCCAGUUUCAGUUGGUCGACUGCCAGAGACUGUUGCGAUUCCUUUGAUAUAGUUUUAAGCACAAAAGGGAACAAUGGCACCGACAGUACCCAAAAAGAUGGCCUCCAAAGUGUCAGAAAUAAGCAAAGAGCAUAUAUCUUUAACAAAGAGUUAUGUAUCUCGACAAGAUUUGGGUGCUGGUGACAUGGACUGGAUACGAGGAAAGAUGUUGCUGAAACCGGAGGAUCAACUGCAGUUAACGGACGCGGUACGUUUAACGUCUCUGUUAUUUUUGUUGUUGGACUGUACUGUAUCUGUAAUUGUCAUAUCGCUGCAGGAACUGCAAGAGGAAUUUGCCAGGGUGCUGAAUAUACAUAAUACUAGGGUACCAGACUCCUUAGUCGAGUGGUCAUGGAAAUUACGUCAAUUUGUAAGAUUACCUCCCCCGCCGCAUUUGGUAACUCUUCUGGACGUAGCUGGCACUAUACUACACAAAGACUCUGAAGAAGCCAAAGUGCAGUUAACAGGCGGGAUAAUUACUGACAGUCAAGAGGAGGUAACGGACGAGAAAUUGAAGCUGGAUAAAGCGGAAGAAGAGGCAGAAUAUAAAGAAGAGGAAGAAGUAGACGAAAUAGAUAAAACGGUGGAAGCGCUAGCUGAGGCUGAACGUGAGCAAGAACAGGAAGCAGAGCCAGAACCUGAGGAAGACGAGGUAGAAAAGGCAAAGCCCAAGAAGAUACCUAAUCAAUUCAACUUCUGUGAGAGAGCAGCGUUGACGUAUGAUAAUCCUAUGAGGGACAUGAGUACGCAAACUAUACCUCCGCCUACCGCAACUUUCAACGCCAGUGUCUUGCAAUGGACUAUCUUUGACGAGUAUCAGGAAGACUAUGCUCAGCAACAACGCGAGAAGGAAAAGGAGAAAAAAGUACCGUUGACGCAACUAAAGAAAGAAGAUGUGAAGAAAAAAGCCCAAAUGGAAUCUUCGGUGAUGACAAACAGAAUGAUACAGGCCGCGAAAACGUUGGAGCGAAUGGUGAACCAAAACAUUUUCGACGAUAUAUCGCAAGAUUAUAGAUAUUGGGACGAUCCGAGCGAUGAAUUCAAGGAUGGCGAAGGUUCCCUAUUACCUCUAUGGAAAUUUUGCUAUGAAAAGACCAAGAAACAUGACAUCACAGACAUGUGCUUCAACAGCAGAUAUUACGAUCUCUUCGCAGUCGCCUUUGGAUCACUGUCAUUUAACAGUCUAAUAACAAACGGCACGGUGUGCUUAUUCAGCUUGAAGAAUCCAUCGUAUCCAGAAUGGAUUUGUCCAACAGAGUCUCCCGUGAUGUGCCUAGACUUUAACGCCCAGCAUCCUCAUCUUUUAGUUAUUGGUACCAUGGACGGAGCAGUGGCGGUUUAUAAUAUAAUGUUACCACCAUCCACGCCACAAUAUAAAAGCAACGACGUUGUGCAGAAGCAUGGAGGGUUAGUAUGGCAGAUUUGUUGGGCACCUGAUACAGAGGAAGGAAACCUGACGUUCUUCAGCGUCAGUAUCGACGGUAAAAUAAACCACUGGGUGUUAAACCAAAACGAUCUCGGCCUCACCACCGUCAUGACAUUAUUCCUGGACCGACCGCCUAUACCGGGACCAGAUGGCACAAUGAUUACGCUGAAAGGAUGUGGAACGUGCAUCGCAUUUCACCCCGCCGAUCAGAAUGUUUUCCUGGUGGGCACGGAAGAGGGUACCAUGUACAAAUGCAAUACAGCGUACAGCAGCAUUUACAUGAGGACGUAUCACGAAGCGCACACUAUGCCGGUGUACCGAAUAGUCUUCAACAAGUAUAAUUCCAGCAUUUUUGCCAGCUGUUCGGGCGACUGGCGAAUCAAGAUCUGGGAAGAUGAAAGACCGGAGCCGUUGUUCAUGUUCGAUUUGGGUGUUCCAAUUGGGGAUGUUCAAUGGGCACCGUACAGCUCCACGGUGCUGGCCUGCGUCUCAAACGAUGGCAAAGUCACAGUAUUUGAUUUGAAUGUUAACAAGUACAGGCCAAUCUGCAGUCAGCAGAUUGUCAGUAAACGAAAGAGCAAACUGACCCGAUUAGCUUUCAAUAACACAUUGCCGUUUAUAAUAGUCGGCGAUGACAAAGGCACCGUAAAUACACUGAAAUUGUCUCCAAAUUUGCGGAUAAAGGUGAAACCAACAAAGAAGCAAGUACACUUGUCGUAUGAGGAAUUAGAAUCUUUGAAAUUAGAAAAAUUGCUCAGCUUUGUGCGAGAGCCUCCUGUAUUGAUUCCACCUAAAGACAUACGAACAGUCACUUAAAAUUGAUUAAAUAAGAAGGUAAAUUUCAACUUUUCGUAAACAACAGUGCUUUAUUAAUAUUUGCUAUAACAGACGGAUACAUAUAUAUAUAUAUCUAUAUUUUUACAAAUAAAUUGGCACUAUUAUUAUGCAAUAGAGAGAUCAAAUAGUUCUACGAAGUAGCUUAUGUACCUGAACUUUUAUUGCCGAAACACAUUGUUGUAACUAAUAAAAUAAUUCAGCAACUCGCUGCUUAACACAUUGAUUUAAAUUAAAAAAUAAGUCAGAUAAUAUUAUAUUAUGUACACAAUUUUUAAAAGGUAAUGC